CCGGGACACAAGAUGGCGGCAGCGGCGCUGGGGAGGGCGAGGCGGAGGCGGCAAAACGGGCGGUCGAGCAGAACGUGUAGCCGCGUCCCCUCGACUCUGCUCCAGGCAGCUGCUGAUGCAAGGAAUCCCCUGGGCCCUGGGCCACUCCACUGCUGACCAGCCCACCCAGCUGUGCUGAGCCUUCCUACCCCAGAGGGUGAGAGAAAGGGGACCUCAUUCAGCCUUGAAACCUAUGGGCUCAGCCCCCAAGGCCCCAGGAAUUCCUCCCUCCCGGAGAACCAAGGAGAACCAAGGCAGCUCCAGCUUUUUCUUCCCUUGGUCCUGUGUGGGUGCUGAGAUGGCCAAUGAGAAUCACGGCAGCCCCCGGGAGGAAGCAUCCCUGCUGAGUCACUCCCCAGGCACUUCCAAUCAGAGCCAGCCCUGUUCUCCAAAGCCAAUCCGCCUGGUGCAGGACCUCCCAGAGGAGCUGGUGCAUGCAGGCUGGGAGAAGUGCUGGAGCCGGAGGGAGAACCGCCCCUACUAUUUCAACCGAUUCACCAACCAGUCCCUGUGGGAGAUGCCUGUGUUGGGCCAACAUGAUGUGAUUUCGGACCCUUUGGGGCUGAAUGCGACCCCGUUGCCCCAAGACUCAAGCUUGGUGGAAACCCCCCUGCCUGAGAACAAGCCCAGAAAGCAGCAGCUCUCAGAUGAGCAGCCAAGCGGCAAUGGUGUGAAGAAGCCCAAGAUUGAAAUUCCUGUGACACCCACAGGCCAGUCGGUGCCCAGCUCCCCCAGCAUCCCAGGAACCCCAACAUUGAAGAUUUGGGGUACAUCCCCUGAAGAUAAACAGCAGGCAGCUCUCCUCCGACCCACUGAGGUUUACUGGGACUUGGACAUCCAGACCAAUGCUGUCAUCAAGCAUCGAGGACCCUCAGAGGUGCUCCCCCCGCAUCCGGAAGUAGAGCUGCUGCGCUCCCAGCUCAUCCUGAAGCUUCGGCAGCACUAUCGGGAGCUGUGCCAGCAGCGAGAAGGCAUUGAGCCUCCUCGGGAAUCUUUCAACCGCUGGAUGCUGGAACGCAAGGUGGUGGACAAAGGCUCUGACCCUCUGUUGCCAAGCAACUGUGAACCAGUUGUGUCACCUUCCAUGUUCCGUGAAAUCAUGAAUGACAUUCCUAUCAGGUUAUCCCGAAUCAAGUUCCGGGAGGAAGCCAAGCGCCUGCUUUUUAAAUAUGCAGAGGCUGCCAGGCGGCUCAUUGAGUCCAGGAGUGCAUCCCCCGACAGCAGGAAGGUGGUCAAAUGGAAUGUGGAAGAUACCUUCAGUUGGCUUCGCAAAGACCACUCAGCCUCCAAGGAGGACUACAUGGAUCGCCUAGAGCACCUGCGGAGGCAGUGUGGUCCCCAUGUUUCGGCCGCAGCCAAGGACUCUGUGGAAGGCAUCUGCAGCAAGAUCUACCACAUCUCGCUGGAGUACGUGAAACGGAUCCGAGAGAAGCACCUUGCAAUCCUCAAGGAAAACAACAUCCCAGAGGAGGUAGAGGCCCCAGAGGUGGAGGCCCGCCUGGUGUACUGCUACCCAGUGCGGCUGGCUGUGUCUGCACCACCCAUGCCUAGUGUGGAGAUGCACAUGGAAAACAACGUGGUCUGCAUCCGGUAUAAAGGAGAAAUGGUCAAGGUCAGCCGCAACUACUUCAGUAAGCUGUGGCUCCUUUACCGCUAUAGCUGCAUUGAUGACUCUGCCUUUGAGAGGUUCCUACCCCGGGUCUGGUGUCUUCUCCGACGGUACCAGAUGAUGUUUGGCGUGGGCCUCUACGAGGGGACUGGCUUGCAGGGAUCACUGCCUGUGCACGUCUUUGAGGCCCUCCACCGACUCUUUGGUGUCAGCUUCGAGUGCUUCGCCUCACCCCUCAACUGCUACUUCCGCCAAUACUGUUCUGCCUUCCCUGACACAGAUGGCUACUUUGGCUCCCGAGGGCCCUGCCUAGACUUCGCCCCACUGAGUGGUUCCUUUGAGGCCAACCCUCCAUUCUGUGAGGAGCUCAUGGAUGCUAUGGUCUCUCACUUUGAGAAACUGCUGGAGAGCUCACCAGAGCCUCUGUCCUUCAUCGUGUUCAUCCCCGAGUGGCGGGAACCCCCAACACCAGCGCUCACCCGCAUGGAGCAGAGCCGUUUCAAACGCCACCAGCUGAUCCUGCCUGCCUUCGAGCACGAGUACCGCAGUGGCUCCCAGCACAUCUGCAAGAAGGAGGAAAUGCACUACAAGGCGGUCCACAACACAGCAGUGCUCUUCCUACAGAAUGACCCUGGCUUUGCCAAGUGGGGGCCCACGCCAGAGCGGCUGCAGGAACUGAGCGCCGCCUACCGGCAGUCAGGCCGCAGCCAUGGCUCUGGCUCUUCCUCAUCGUCCUCCUCGGAGGCCAAAGACCGGGACUCUGGCCGUGAACAGGGCCCUAGCCGGGAGCCUCAUCCCACUUAACACAUCUUGCGGGGAGGAGGAGCCCCAGGGGUGCUGGUAUGGACUGUUGGGACUCAGGCCUAUGGGGGCUGAGCAGGCCCCAGGGCCCUCCCCCUGGGUAGCAGCAGGACCCUGGCUGCCACAGACAUAGGAAGAUGAUGGCUCUGCCAGGGCUCCCCCUCCCUGCCCUUAUCCCCCAACUCCCCACCUCAGACUCACUCCACAUCCCCUGUAAAUAGGCCCCACGCCUUCCCAGCCCCACUCCCUACCCUGUUACCACCUUGUUUCAUUUGUAAAAGGAAAUACAGAAACCCCUACAAGAAUGUGUGAGGGUCUUGAGGGCAAAAAAGGCUAAGGAACCUAGAGCUACUCCUGGGACCACAUCCCUCUACACCCAGGCUCGCUCGCUCUCACAACCCCUGGGCCUUCACACCCCACUUAGGCUCCUCCCAGCUGGGUCCCUGUGGUCUCUGCCUGUGAUUAGCAGAUCUAGGGAGUCCAGGACCCUGCAUCACCUAGCUCUAGACCCCCAUAACUGGGUUUGCACAGAAGCCUCUGUGGUGCAGGGGACCGGCAACUCUACUCUGUGCCCAGGCCCAGCCACAACAGGGAAUGAACAGCUGGACACGCUUCAUAGUUGAGGCUCAGGAUCACUUGGGCCUUGGUGUAGUGCCUAUAGGCACGGAGCACCUAUUCCCCUGGGGCUAGGGACAACAGGGUUUGAAGAUGAACAGUAGCUCUCUUCUAGCUCAGUCACCCCUUAUGGUCAGCCAUCUGCACCAAAUGUCUUCCCUGCUGCUGGGCUGCUAUACUUACAGAGG